UCGCCUUUCAUCUGCUUCUCUCACUAAAUACUCAACACUCGCAUUCGCUCGCUCGCUCUCUCUGUUUGUUUCUAAUGGCGAUCUGCUCGGCUCCUCUAACCACUUCGUUCUCAGGCGGCAAGGGAUCUCAUCUGAAAGCCCGUGAGAUUUGGUUGUCCGGCAAGCCAGCAUCAUCACUAAAACUCACUGCACUGAGCCAGAGCCGGAGAAACUCGGUUCAGUUGCGAAACAACCGCAAUUUCUGUGUUCGUGCUGAGUAUAGUGAUGGUAAUAGAGGUGGAGGUGCUGAUUUUCUUGCUGGCUUCCUCGUCGGAGGAGCUGUGUUUGGAACUUUAGCUUAUGUUUUUGCUCCACAGAUCAGAAGAUCUCUCCUCAAUGAAGAUGAAUAUGGAUUUCGUAAGGCCAGGAGACCAAUAUACUAUGAUGAAGGCUUAGAGAAGACCAGGCAGACCUUGAAUGCAAAGAUAAGCCAGCUCAAUUCUGCCAUUGACAAUGUCUCUUCCCGCUUGAGAGGUGGGAACAAUGCGCCCGAGGCGCCAGUCCAAGGUGAUCCUGAAGUAGAAGCUACCAUGUGAGAUUCAUUUUACUCUCUGGUUGCUUAUGAACUUUAAGUCUUGAAAGUCCACAUGUAUUUUAAUUUUGGAUACAUAACUAUGUGUUAUUCCAAUAGCAUUGAGGAGUUUUGUUUCAGGUUUGUUAAUUCUGUUUUAUAGUUUUGGCUUACAAGAUUGUGGAUUAAUAAAUGGAUUUUGUACUC